AUGAAACUAUUGAUAUUAUUAAUACUAUUAUCAAGUGUCUUAUGUAGAGAAUAUAGACCAAUGGCUGGAGGGAGAUUUAAGCCAGACCAAAAUGAUGAAGGACUGGGAUAGGCAAUAACAUAUGCGAAAUAGCAUUUUGAAACAUCUUGUGAUGGGACUUCUGGAUAUGAAUGGGAUACAACAACGGAUGUGGAAUAGUAGAUUGUGAAUGGAAGCAAUUACUAUAUUUCAGCUUAGUUGAGAAAUGGGGAUAAAAUAAAAAAAGUUUAAAUUGUAGUUUAUAUGCCUGCAUCUCCACCAGACAUAAGAAUAACAUCAUGUUCAGUGUUAUGA